AUAAACAAAAAUUUUACUUAAUGGCAUUUUUUAUAGUAGAUUUUCCAUGCAAUACUAUAAUUGAGUUAGAAGCAUGUAACAAUCUUAAUUUAAUUUCUAGAAUUAAUGUCAUAAAUAAUGAUAAAGAGAUUUAUAUUUUGGAUGAGUAUGAAGGUUUAUUUGAAGGUCUAGGAUGUUUACCAAUUCCCUAUCAUAUUCAUAUAGACACUAAAAUUCAACGAAAGAUAGAUCCUCCUAGAAGAGUUCCAUUUAAAAUGUAUGAUAAAUUAGAGUCUGAAUUUAAUGAAAUGGUUAAUAUGAAAGUAAUAGAAAUAGUCAAUAUACCAACUUCUUGAGUAAAUUCUAUAGUUAUUGUAAUGAAGAAAAGUAAUAAGCUUCUAAUAUGUUUAGAUCCAAGAAAUUUUAUUCUUCUUAAUCUUGAAAAUGUUAAAUAUAGACUAAAUUGUUCAUAUUAUUUUUCCACUCUUGAUGCUACAUCUGGUAUUUGGAUGGUACCCCUUUAUGAGGAAAGUGCUAUCAUAUGUACAUUUAACACACCUUUAUGUAGAUAAAAAUUUAUUAGACUUCCUUAUGGAUUAAAUUGUGCAUCAGAAGUUUUUUAUAGAGUGAUAACUGAACAUUUUUUUGAUAUUGAUGGUGUAUUUCUAUAUGUUGACGACAUUAUUAUAUAUGCUAAAAAUAAAGAACAACAUGAUCUCAUCUUAAAAAAGGUAUUUGAAAGAGCCUGCCAAAUGUAUAUUAAAUUUAAUAAAAUAAAAUGUCAUAUAGGAGUCCAAAAGAAUGGAAUUGCCUUGGAAUUUAGUCGCAAAUAUGGAUGACUUGACGAACUCUGACUCCAAAACCAUUCAGUCACGGAGAUCACUUCAAUACGAGAAGAAAACAGUACAUCAUCUAUUUAAUGACUAAAGAACUCAUUGGAAAAUAUCAUCUUAUGAAAACUUAUUUAGAAGUCUUCAGAAUCUCAAGGUACGUUGCAAAGAACUUCAAGUUACCUAACUCAAUUGUCCUUGUUUAGGCUGUGGCUUAGAUAGACUCAAGUGGGAAAUGGUACAAACAACUAUGAGAUUCAUCUUCCGUGAUUCUCCUGUGUAUAUUCAAGUAUACACCAAGGACGAGUUAACUUAAGACAAAUCAUCAAAGGGUUUCACGAGUAUCCUAUUGGAAGACAUCAAGGAAAUAACCGUACUUACAACAGAAUAUCACAACAGUACAAAUAGCAAGGCAUGAGAGCUCAGAUCAAGCAGUACGUCCGAAAAUGUCCAACCUGCCAAGUAAAUAAAACUCCAAAUCAGUCCAUCCUAGAGCCAAUGGUUAUAACGACCGCAACGAGACCUUUCGAGAAAAUUUUUAUGAACAUUGUAGGGCCUUUAACAAAGUCCUAUAACGGUUGUAACUUCUGACGGAGGUGACGGUAGGUGACGGUAGCUAACGGCCGCACUUGGUAAGCUGGUGGAUUGCGGAGCCGCGACUGACUCACCGCACACACGUAUACACUACGGUAGAUAGUACGGAGGGCGCGGGCUUAUCGGUGUUGUCGUCCGAACAGUAACACUUACAUCCUAACGCUAAUACAAGACUUCUCAAACUCGCUUGGGCUUUAGCAAUGAAAAAGCAUGAAGCUAAUACAGUCUCACAGCAUUUUGUCACACAGUUAAUAUGUUAACAUGGACAACCAGUCUCUGGUGACUGACUGUGGUAUGGACCUCAACGACACCAUACCAACAGCAGAGUAAUGGAAGCAUGGAACGCAGUCACAGAACCCUCGAAGAGUACUUGGGGAAAUAUGCAAGUAAAAACCCUCAAAAUUGGGACACAUACAUUCCCUUAGGGGGCGUAUACACAUCGCUGGGGAGGCGCAAGCAGUCAUCACAAAGUAAAAUUUUUAUUUAUCAAAUUUUAUUAUAUUUAAAAUGAAGAGAAAAAAUGAAAAAUGAAUAAAGACUGGUUAUCGUUAUAGAAUAUAGAUUAUAGAAUAUAGGGUCAUUAAAGUCGAUAAAGUAAUCGAUAAAGAUUACAAGUGUUUAGACAUAGUGCACCAUGCCACAUCGUCCGUAAAUUAAUCAGUACGAUAAGAAAAAGCCAGGCGGCAAAAACUAUUAGAUUAUUUUAGACUCGAUUUAGUUUUAUUUUGCAGUUGCUCAGUGCACGUCAGUUUCGUAGUACCUAGUCGUCGCGAGUGCACGUAUAUCAAAGUAAUGGCUCCUCCAAAAAUAAGAACGUAUAUCGAUGAUUAUGUCAAAUUUGGUUUUACGUUUAUUGAAAAAGAUGGUGUCCAAAAGCCUCAGUGUGUUAUUUGUCACGUUGUAUUAAGUAACGAUGCCCUCCGACCUAGUCGAAUAGAACGACAUUUAACCACAGCUCAUCCGAUGCUAAAAGGAAAACCUAAAAAUUCUUUAAGUAAAAUGAAAAUUGACCAUACCGGAGAGUUUCAACAGAAUAAUGAAAAAUUGUUGAAGCUUCAUAUCACAUCGCCUUCAUGGUGGCUCACCAAAAUAAACCCCAUACCUUGGGUGAAACAUUAAUUAAACCUAGCAUACUUAAAGCUGUUGAAAUAGUACUUGGCGAAGAAAGCAAAAGGAAAAUAGCUCAAUUAUCUCUUUCAGAUAAUACAGUGAAACGACGUAUAGAUGAAUUAGCUUUGGACAUUAAAAAUCAGUUGAUUCAUAAAUUAAAACAUUCCGUAUUCUUUGCAAUCCAGUGUGAUGAAUCAACUGAUGUGGCCAAUUGUUGCCAGCUAUUAGUUUACUGCCGUUUUAUAAAUGAACAGUCCAUUGCAGAAGAACUUCUAUUUUCCCAGGCUUUAAAUUCCACCUCAAAAGGCAGUGACGUUUUGUCUGCCAUUGACAUAUUUUUUGAUCAGAAUGGUUUGUCUUGGAAAAAUGUUGUAGCUGUCUGUACAGACGGUGCACCUGCAAUGCUAGGGUCAAGAUCGGGUUUUGUAAGCCUAGCAAAAAAUAAAAACCCGUCAAUAAUUGGUACUCAUUGUGUAAUACACCGACAAGCUUUAGCUGCAAAAACGCUGCCAUCUGAACUUAAAAAUUUACUUGAAGUAUGUAUAAAAGUUGUUAACACCAUCAAAAGCAGUGCACUUAACUCGCGUCUUUUUAAGAUUCUUUGUUCAGAGCUGUCCGCGGAACAUUCUGUUUUAUUAUUCCAUACAGAGGUUCGUUGGUUAUCCAAAGGGAAUAUGUUUGAACGUUUGUACGAAUUAAAAUCUGAAGUGGAAAUUAUGCUUUUACAAUUAGGAAAGGACAAUCUUCGUGAGAAUUUUACCGAUGAAAACUUCACAUUCUACUUUGCGUACCUAGUAAAUAUUUUUGAAACUAUUAAUAACCUAAAUCUCAAAUUACAAGGGAGGAAUACGAAUAUUAUAACCGCCAAAGAUUCUAUAAACUCAUUUCUAGAAAUGAUACAGCUGUGGAAACGCCGAGUAAACAAAGAGAUUCCUAAUUUUUCGUCUUUCCGUCGAUUGAACGAACUUAUCUCUGAUGAGGAAAAAUCUAUUUGUCUUGCUGGAUUGAAAAGUAUAGUGAUUGAACAUCUUGAUUGUUUGACUGAUGAAUUCAUGCGAUAUUUUCCGGAUUUUUCUAACGAAAGUUGGAAAUAUACGCUAACAAGUUGUCCAUUCAGUGCUAACGUAGACACAUUGCCGGAUACAUUUCAAGAACAGGUAAUCGAGCUGAAGAACGAUUCAUGCGCAAAAAUUGAUUUUAACAGUGGCAGCUCUUUGGAAGAGUUUUGGGUAAAAUACCAACCCAUUUAUCCUGAAAUUUCAAAUGAAGCCUUACAAGUCCUUGUACAAUUUUCAUCGAUUAAUUUAUGUGAAUCUGGGUUCUCUAGCUUGGCCAUUAUAAAAACCAAACAUAGAAAUCGCUUGAAUGUCGAAUCUGACUUGAGGUGUUCUUUAUCAAACAUCGAGCCGAACUUUAAAAAAUUGUCCAAAGAAAAGUGUUGUCAGCCUUCACAUUAAAUGUUAAUUUUAUUAUACAUUCUAUAAUUUAGAUUUUUUACUAAUUUAUUUAAUUACUCACGUCAAUUUA